UUUUGCCGAGAGUUGCCGAGCAGUUUGUGUUCAUGACAUUCGGAUCCGAUUCGGGUGCAACGUGCGAGCAACCGAACAAAACAAACGCUCGUCUGCGGGGACAGUUGAUGCGAGAUCCAACAUCGCCAUUUUUGUAAACGCGUGGAGUGUACCUUUAUUUAAAAUCUGCCAACAACAUGAGUAUUGCUGCUCUUUUACAAGCAGCCGAGUUUCUGGAAAGAAGAGAAAGAGAAGCGGAACAUGGUUAUGCGUCUACAAUGCCCAUACAAACCGAGAUCAUUCGACGGAAACCCAAGUCCAAAAAAUCUCAGGGAAACAGAUCAACUCAUAAUGAGUUGGAAAAAAAUAGGAGAGCACACCUGAGGAACUGCUUAGAAAAACUAAAAGAACUUGUACCCCUAGGCCCUGAAUCAAGUCGACAUACCACCUUAGGUCUUCUGACCAAAGCCAAAGCAUUUAUUAAAUCUCUAGAAGAGAAAGAUCGUAAGAAUAGAGAACAAAAAGAUCUCCUAUUGGAACAGCAAAGGAGGCUAAGGCGCCGGCUAAAUGAGUUGGGUCGUUAUAAUGUAAUUACUAUGCACAAAAAAAGAAAAAUUAGUGAAUGUAGUUCUGGAACUUCCUUGUCCAUGUGUACCAACUCGUCUGCUUCAGAAACCGAUGAAGUGGACAUUAUGGGUUACAACAGUAACCAAAGUGAUACCGAUGACCAUAGCAGUAUCCAGAGCCUGACCAGUGAUGGUGGUGUCGUCAUCAGCACUAAACGACAUCCUUUGGGUGAGCAAACUGCCAUCUAACACUGCCAGGUUUGUCGUCCUCCUCCGCUGAUUAGCACAAUAGACUGUGUCCAGAUAGUUCUAUUAUAUGGAGUGGUCUAUGACCUUUUCUACAUAUUGCGACCCAUAGUUGGGAGGGAAACAGUUGUUGAAAAAGUUUGUUGUAAAUUUAUAUGAAGAGUGAAAGCAGCACAACAAU